AUGUUCGCGAGCCUUUUCAACUGCAUCAUCUUACUCAUUGUCCCUAUCCUCCUCAAGAUCUAUUAUAAGAGGCGGCGCAAUCAUCCUGACCUCCCUUGUCCCCCUGGCCCUAAGCCGCUUCCUCUCAUUGGUAAUAUCCUCGAUAUACCUAAGCGAGCACCAUGGGAAGUGUACGCAGAGUGGGCAAACCAAUACGGCGACAUAAUGUCCAUCCAAGUACUAGGGCAAACUGUCGUGAUCAUCAAUAGCGUUCAAAUUGCUCGAAAUCUGUUAGAAAAGCGCGGCUCCAAUUACUCUGACCGCCCUGUUGUCCAUACAUUCGAAGUGAUGAAGUUCGAUUUCAACCUGAUUUUGGCGAGAUACGCAAGCAGUAGGUGGAAGAUCGGGCGGAAGCUUGUCGACCAUAGUCUCCGCCAGGGCGCUUCCGCGACUUAUAGGCCCAUGCAAAUUCGCAAAGUCCACAAGUUUUUGAGGAAAAUCUCACACACGAAUGAUAUACAAGACGAUAUCAAACACCUGUCCGCAGAUAUUGUCAUGUCUCUCACUUACGGAUAUGAUAUCGCGGAGAGUAACGACAAGUUUGUGACCCAGGUCGAAAAUAUCGUACAGAGAGCAGCAACUGCCUUAUUGCCAGGCACGACUAUGAUGAAUCUCUUGCCUUUCUUGAAAAACUUUCCUGCAUGGCUCCCUGGAAUGAGCUUCAAGAGGGACGCACUCAACCAUAUAGGAGAGAUGAUACACUGUGUCGAAGCCCCAUUCAGCUUCACAAAAGGGGAAAUUAUAAAGGGGACAGCACAACGAUCAAUCGUGUUAGAUACUAUGAACUCGUCUUCCGACAAGGAUCUGACGGGGGAGGAGGAAUGCAUUCUGAAAGAGGUGGCGGCAUCGCUUUACAUAGCUGGUACAGACACGACAGCAUCAUUACUGGCAUUCUUUAUUCUGGCCCUUCUCCGAUAUCCGGAAGUUCAAGAACGGGCUCAAAGCGAAUUAGACGCUAUCGUAGGACGUGAUCGGCUUCCAGAAUAUGAAGACAAGGAGGCACUGCCUUAUAUUAACGCAAUAUGUCAGGAGCUCUUGAGGUGGCGGAUGGUCGCUCCGCUCGGAGUCCCUCACGCAGUCAUGGAGGACGAUGUAUAUGAAGGUCUCUUUAUUCCGAAAGGCUCACAGAUUCUGGUGAAUACUUGGUCUAUGCUUCAUGAUCCCGAGGUCUAUCCCGACCCAGAGAAUUUUCGCCCUGAGCGAUUCUUAGCAUCCGAUGGUACACUCGUCGAUGAUCCUCUCUUGAUUUCUAUUUACGGCUGGGGUAGAAGAAUCUGUCCCGGUAGGUUUCUCGCAAAUGUCUCGAUAUGGUUAGCUGUCGCCUCGACCUUGUCCGCUUUCAAUGUCGAAAAGGCGAGAGACGCAGAUGGACGUGAAAUUCCUGUGGAGGAUAUGUACGUCAAUCAAGGAGUAGUCUGUCAACCCCUCCCGUUCAAAUGCUCGAUAACACCAAGAGAUGCGCAAGCGGAGAAAUUGGUCGCAGCCACGGAAAUCGAGAUGGAUUGAGUGUGCAAGGCUUGAGUAGUUUUCUUGUUGUAUGUUUCACAAUAUCGACCGUGGAGAUGUCUUUUGUCCCUCGACAGUCCCAGG